UUUUCUUGUUGUCUUUCGGAUAACAUUGAAUCUGGGAUAUCACGUGAUGCUGCCGGCGGCGGGGCCGCAGACACUUCCAGCCGCCAUUGUCUAAUGUCUUGUCGCAAGUCUAUAGGCUCCUAUUACCCAGACUGGCUGCGGUAAUGGGAGAGGGGACCGUACAGUGAUAUGAUUCAUGUCCCUUGUCCUGGAGCUUCAUCUACAGCGCUGCAGGAGGGGGAGUAUAUAGAGGAACACAGUGCUCUAUACAAGGACGUGAUGAUGGAGAAUCACCGGCCCCUCACAUCACUGGAUGGACCCAGUAACAGAGAUACCCCAGAGAGAUGUCCCCGUCCUCUGUAUUCCCAGGAUUGUACAGAGAAGAAUCACAGGAUCCCACAGGAGGAUCAGGGUGAAAUCCUCACUGUUAUUAAGCUAGAAGAAACAGAGGGAGAAGAGAAUUAUGUUACUGAUAUUAAGAUAGAAGAUAAAGAUGAAGAAGAGAUGUACAUUACUAAUAUUAAGUUAGAAGAUAUAGAAGGAGAAGAGACGUUUGUGACCAUUAUGAAGGGAGAAGAAGAGACGUAUGUGACUGAUAUUAAAGCAGAAGAUACACAGGUAGAAGAGAUGUAUGUGAUGGGUGAUCAGCAGUGUAAGGAGGAGGAGAUCCCUACAGAUAUCAGCACAGCAGAUGGAUGCUCAAGCUGGGAUCCUUUGGAGGCACGUCUUGUUUUGUGUACGGAUUUUAAAAUGGAAGAUGACAACAUCGUACGAGAGUAUUCAGAACUGAUCAAUGUGCCCUCUAAUCAUGAGGAAUGUUCUCCUGAUAAAUCAGUUACUGCUGCGCAUAGUACAACUGAUACAGCUGACACAGUCUUGCCAUGUUCAGAAUGUGGUACAUUUUUUGAGUCCGUUUUAUGUGGGAAAUGCUGUACAAACCAAUCACAUCUUGAACACCAUCAGAGACUUCAUACAGGCGGGAAACCAUUUCCAUGCUCCGAGUGUGGGAAAAAAUUUGCACAGAAAUCACAUCUUGUUACACAUGAGAGAUGUCACACAGGUGAGAAGCCAUUUUCAUGCUCUGAGUGUGGGAAAUGUUUUACACAAGAUUCACAUCUUGUUAGACAUCAGAGAAGUCACACAGGUGAGAAACCGUUUCCAUGUUCUGAGUGUGGGAAAUGUUUUACACAAAAAUCACAUCUUCAAAGACACCAGAGACAUCACACAGGUGAGAAGCCUUUUGUGUGCUCUGAGUGUGGGAAAUGUUUUAAUCGCAAAUCACUUCUUCUUGAACAUGAAAUGCGACACACGGGUAAGACACCAUUUCAAUGUUCUGAGUGCGGGAAAUGUUUUACAAGAAAAUCACAUCUUGUCAUACAUCAGAAACGUUGCAUACAUGAGAAACCGUUUCCAUGCUUUGAGUGUGGGGAAUGUUUUACUCAGAAAUCACAUCUUAUUAAACAUCAGAGAAGUCACACAGGUGAGAUUCUAUUUCCAUGCUUUGAGUGUGGGAAAUGUUUUAAAAAGAAGAGUCUAAUUAGGCAUCAGAGAAGUCACACAGAAGAAAAAACAUUUCCGUGUUUUGAGUGUGGAAAAUGUUUCAGGCGCAAAGAUGGUCUUGCUGACCAUCAGAAAACACACACAGGUGAGAAACCAUUUCCAUGUUCUGAGUGUGGGAAAUGUUUUACACAGAAGUCACAUCUUGUAGAACAUCAGCGACGUCACACAGGUGAGAGGCCAUAUCCAUGCUCUGAGUGUGGGAAAUGUUUCACAAAGAAACCAUAUCUUGUUACACAUCUGAGAAGUCACACAGUUAAGAAAUCAUUUCCAUGUUCUGAGUGUGGAAAAUGCUGUACAAACAAAUCACAUCUUGUUAGACAUGAGAAGACUCACACAGAUGAGGGGCCAUUUCCAUGUUCUGAGUGCGGGAAAUGUUUCACCAAGAAAUCAAACCUUGUUGACCAUCAGAAAACCCAUACAGGUGAGAAACCAUUUGUAUGUUCAGAAUGUGGGAAAUGUUUUAGAAAGAAAUCAAAUCUACUUAAACAUCAGAGAAGUCACACAGGUGAGAAGCCAUUUUCAUGUCCUGAGUGUGGGAAAUGUUUUACACAGAAAACACAUCUCAUUGAACAUCAGAGAAGCCACACAGGGGAGAAGCCAUUUCCAUGUUCUCAGUGUGGAAAAUGUUUUACACAGAAAUCAAGUCUUAUUAAGCAUCAGAGAAGUCACACAGGUGAGAAGCCAUUUCCAUGUUCUCAGUGUGGAAAAUGUUUUACACAUAAAUCACAUCUUGUUAAACAUCAGACAACACAUAAAGGAGAACAACAAUUCCUAUAAGUUAACAGACAUGAAACAGGUUCUAGCAAUACUAAAAUUUGUAAUAUACAAUAUGUAAAGUUUAUCAAAAAAGGUUAUAAAAAAAUACAUGUAUAGUGUGUACUCUGUAUUAUAGACCUCACUCCAUUAUGGAGGGCAAUGCUCAUUUGGGAUUUGACCAUUGUGGCCACAGAUAGCAGCGUGGAGGCCAAUCACCAUUCAGCAUCACUAUUGGAGCUUUUGACCCCAGUGUAAUAUUCUAUUAAAUAUACUGAAAUGUUGACUAUAGAGUAGAACACAGCUCUGUGGAUGCCAGAUUAUGCGAGAAAGGGACACAAAUGUCCAAUCAGACAAUGUUGGAACAACUAUGUGAUAUCAAUCAAGGACAUUGUGAUUCUAGCCAUAGACCAUGGCAGGUCUCCAGAAGAAGAGGGCUUUCUUCACUAAGUUUUCUACAAGACUUUGAGGAUCGACAGUGCAUCCGGAACGUGUUCACUGUGCCUCACUUUUUCCACAUUUUGUUAUAUUACAUCCUUAUUCCAAAAUGUAAUAAAUUAAUUUUUUUUUCCAAAUUCUACACACACUACCCCAUAAUGACAGCGUGAAAAAAGUUUUGUUUGUUUUUGUUGUUGAUAUUUUUGCUAAUUUUUUAAAAAUAAAAUAAAAACCGAAUAAAUCACAUGUUCAUAAGUAUUCACAGCUAUUGCUCAAUACUUUUUUGAUGCACCUUUGUCAUCAAUUACAGCCUCAAGUCUUUUUGAAUAUGAUGCCACAAGUUUGGCACACCUAUCUUUGGGCAGGUUCGCCCAUUCCUCUUUGCAGCACCUCUCAAGCUCCAUCAGGUUGGAUGGGAAGAGUCGGUGCACAGCCAUUUUCAGAUCUCUCCAGAGAUGUUCAAUCGGAUACAAGUCUGUGCUCUGGCUGAGCCACUCCUUUAAUAUUUUGGCUGAGUGCUUAGGGUCGUUGUAUUGCUGAAAGAUGAACCCUCGCCCCAGUCUGAGGUCAAGAGCGCUCUGGAGCAAGUUUUCAUCUAGGAUGUCUCUGUACAUUGCUGCAUUCAUCUUUCCCUCUAUCCUGACUAGUCUCCCAGUUCCUGCCGCUGAAAAAUAUCCCCACAGCAUGAUGCUGCCACCACCAUGAUUCACUGUAGGGAUGGUAUUGGCCUGGUGAUGAGCGGUGCCUGGUUUCCUCCAAACAUGACGCCUGGCAUUCACGCCAAAGAGUUCAAUCUUUGUCUUAUCAGACCAGAUAAUUUUGUUUCUCAUGGUCUGAGAGUCCCUAAGGUACAUUUUGGCAAAUCCAGGCGGCUGCCAUGUGCUUUUUACUAAGGAGCGGCUUCUAUCUGGCCACUCUACCAUACAGGCCUGAUUGGUGGAUUUCUGCAGAGAUGGUUGUCCUUCUGGAAGGUUCUCCUCUCUCCACAGAGAAAUGCUGUAGCUCUUGACAGAGUGACCAUCUUGUUAUUGGUCACCUCCCUUACUAUGGCCCUUCUCCCUCAAUCGCUCAGUUUAGACGGUCAGCCAGCUCUAAGAAGUCCUGGUGGUUUCGAACUUCUUCCAUUUAUGGAGGCCACUGUGCUCAUUGGGACCUUCAAAGCAGCAGAUAUUUUUCUGUACCCUUCCCCAGAUUUGUGCCUCGAGACGAUCCUGUCUCGGAGGUCUACAGACAAUUCCUUUGACUUCAUGCUAGGUUUGUGCUCAGACAUGCACUGUCAAGUGUGGGACCUUAUAUAGACAGGUGUGUGCCUAUUCAAAUCAUGUCCAAUCAACUGAAUUUACCACAGACGAACUCCAAUUAAGCUGUAGGAACAUCUCAAGGAUGAUCAGUGGAAACAGGAUGCACCUGAGCUCAAUUUGAGCUUUAUGGUAAAGGCUGCGAAUACUUAUGUACAUGUGAUUUCUUAGUUUUUUAUUUUUAUUAAAUUUGUAAAAAUCUCAAACUUUUUUCACGUUGUCAUUAUGGGGUAUUGUGUGUAGAAUUUCAAGGACAAAAGUGAAUUUAUUCCAUUUUGGAAUAAGGCUGUAACAUAACAAAAUGUGGAAAAAGUGAAGUGCUGUGAAUUCUUUCCGGAUGCACUGUAUGUACAGCGAAUAAGUGAAUGGCGUAGGACAAUUUUUUUUUUAUCCUAUGUUUGGCAUCGAACACGAGAAUUGCUCAGUGGAAUACUUUGUACAUUUAUCAGGCUUACACUAGAGAAUAGUUGGUUCCUGAAAAUGUGACGUCACAUUCUACCAGAGUCGCACAGCGUGGAGUAUAAUCCUGCCCAACAAAGUAGACCAUUCUAACUUGAUGGUAUUAAAAGUGUGAAACAAGCCUUGCACUCCGUUAUGGGUUACAAGAUGCACAGCCACACGCACCUUGUAGUGGUUGUAUCUAUUACUGCAGGUAUUAUGUGCUAAAUGGUCACCAAAUGGCCAUGUACCCGCAUUUAUCAACUGUUUUUAACGGACACUAAGGGGGGUAGUCAAUUAGUGUGUGAAUUUCCGACAGGUCGGAAAAACCACUAAUUCGACACUCCCUAUUCAUUUGCAGACGCUUUCGACAGUUUUUCUUGGUCUUUUGUCGACCAUGCUGAUUCAACUUUUUAAGGGGUCAAAUUGGCAUGGGCAAAACCGGGCCAAAAACUAGAAAACGCCCGCAAAUUCGACAAAACAGGUGGAUCGGGGGCAAAUUCGCAAAUCCACGUGUUUUUCAACAGUUAGAUUUUUCAACAAGUCACAGCAAAGAAGCCUUGAUGAGCAUGGCUCCAUCUGUAUGUGACUAGUGUUUCCCCACUUAGAUUUCUAGCUCUCUUAGACCAUUGGAUGUUACUUAUAUAUCAUGAACCCUUGUAGAUUGCCCGCAAAAUGGCUGCCUGCGCCGUAUGUCGGUGACAUUUGUGCUUCCAUUGCUGCAAUUUUGGAAUAUAUAUUUGACACCUUAAUCGUUGGACUAUGCAGCUCUUACAGUAUAUUGCUGGACUAGGGCUAUUGGUAUAUACUGUAAUUUACACAGUGAGUAGUGCAGUGUGUUUUAUGUUAUGUUCUAUUUUAUUUUACAUUUACUAUUUAUUCUUUAUAUAUUGAAUAAGUAGACAAUGACCUAAUACAGUGCAAACAUGGACAAGACAUGCGAUGUUAUCAUCUGUACAUAAAUAAAGUAAUAUCUGUCAUUACCA